AUGUCGACAAUCAGUGAUUUCCACGCCCACACACUAGCUGUGGCCUCGGUGUAUCCUAGCCCCACGGCUACUUCCACGCAAACAAGAGAUUCAGACUCCUCGUCAUCUUUCGUGGGGAACACGCCGUCUACAGUGCUUUUCUUUUUGGCCAUGCUGGUUGGUGUCGCCAUAGCGUUUGUGUUCAUUUUCUUCACCAUGAGGUACUUUGUGCGUUCCCGCUAUGGGCUCCACAUAUACCCCGUGGCCCACCAUGGGAUGAUGUUCACUGCAAACGUGGGACCUGACCGUGUGGCGCUAAGUCAUUCGCCGUCCGACCGCGAGCUCGACUGGUACUUGACGUACCUCAGAAAUAACCAUUUCUUUCGAGAUGAUUUUUUCGAAAGACGUUAUCUUUCUGCCGUUGAAGGCCUAGAUGCCUUGGCUGCGGGACGCCGGCGUAGACGGCGUAGAAGAGGAAGGUAUCUGAAAAUGAAGAAGCUUACGGUGGCCCAGGUGGACUGCCUUUUUCCAAAAACAUCAUAUGCUGAGUGGCUCCAUAAUGGCGACACAGAAGACGAUUUGGCCCUGGUUCGAAUGGAUAUGGAUGGUGAAAAUGAAAAAGUAAAUGCUACGACGACAGUGCAAGGUGACUUUGAGGUCAUCGAGCUUCGGCGUCUCUCUUCACCUGACCAUACUACUCCUGAUAUCGAUGCCACUUCCCUGGCCACGUCUAAUGUCAAAACCGAGCUCCACUUUGACUCUGGAAGCUGUGCAAUUUGCUUGGAUACUUAUGAACCUGACGAUGUUGUCAGAGGCCUAAUAUGUGGUCAUGUUUUCCAUGCAGAGUGUGUCGACCCUUGGUUGACCCGCCGGCGUGCGUGCUGUCCUAUUUGUAAGAGAGAUUACUACAAGGAGAACAACAGAGAAGCUAAUGUGACCGAGCGCCCAGAGGGACAUGUCAACAACACUAAUACCGAGAGGGCAGAGGAAAACAGAACAGAAGAAAACAGGACAGACGAGCACAGAGCGGAGGAUCUUUCCCAGCCUCAAGAGGUGGAUUUGGCCGAGGCAGGCAAUACCACGGACCGUGAAACGGAUAAUAAUACGACUCACACAGAAGAAGAUUUCACGAUCAAUUACGAUGUUUUACGAAAUGACCCCAACCUACGCAACCUUCUCAACGAGCUCAUUCCGCUUUCGGAGCGAGCCAAUGCCAUCUUGCGGGGCCAGGACACGCUUGAUCUCGAGCUGGCGGCCCGUGUGGUGGCUAACAAGAAGUUUUCUAAUUGCUGGAAGCGCAGUUUCUGGCGACUCAUGGGGAUCUCCAAGGAGGAUAUGUUCAAUUGGGCGGUGAUCUCGCUCUACUCCGAGGAACAAGCCCAGCAGGCAGAGGAAGGACGGGACGACGUUAGUCACGACUUUCCUGUGCUGCACUUGCCCCAUGUGGCGCCGGAAACGCUGGACGGGCCGGCUGCUCAGGAAACUGUGCAGAUGGAGCAGAUAGCGCUGACAGAAACACCCGAGGCACAGCAGAAUGAAAGCCGCCGAAGUCCUCGAAGAUCACAGGAAAGCGAACACAGCGUUUACCACAAUGCUGAGGACAAUGCCGAGGAUUUGGCCGAGGCUGCUCGGGAAGUGGUCGACAGACGGAAGAACGUGAGGAAGAUGGACCUUGGGUCCUUUUUGAACGACGAGUCCGUCGGAGGCGGCCUGUGGGCCGAUGCCGAGGUCGACAUGUCGUCGAUCGGAGUCCCUGUGGGCGGCUCCUCGGGUGCCCCUGUGCUGAGAAGCACCGAGUUCUCGGAGCAGUAUGCUAGAAGAGACAGAGAGGAGAUUCCUAUUCCAGAUGCUCCUCCUUACAAGGCCCGUGUUGGCAAUUUGCCAUACGACGCCACCGAGCCCGCCUUGACCCGUUUCUUCGAGGACCGCUUGCAGGCCAGAGAUAUCGUCACCGAGGUGAAGUUGCCUUUGGACAACAUGACCGGCAAGCCCAAGGGAUUUGCCUUUGUCACCUUCAGCGAGAGAGCCGCUUUGGAGGAGGCCUUGAACUUGACCAUGUCGGAGUUCAACGGCAGAAAGAUGUACGUGAACGUCGCUGCUCCACAGAAGACCGAUGUGUUUGAUCUCGACUGGAGACUGGCCAGAGGUCCUCCAGGUGGAGGCAGAAGAGACAGAGAAAGAGAGGAGGUUGACUUGGACUGGGGUGCUGCCCGUUCGUCCGGUCCUGUUGGCGGCGGCGGCAGAGAGAGAGGUCCCCGUGGUCCCAGAAGAGAAGAACCCGACCUUGACUGGGGUUCUGCCAGAGGUUCUGGAGCGCUUCCACCCAGAGAACCCAGAGAGAGAAGAGCCAGACCCGACGAGCCCGAGCUCGACUGGGGCAGCGCCAGAAACGCCUCGGGACCUUUGCCUCCCAGAGAAAGAAAGCCCAGAAGAGACGAGCCCGAGUUGGACUGGGGUGCUGCUCGUGGCUCCGGCGGCCCAUUGCCUCCACGUGAGAGGCUGAACAGAAAGCCCAGGGAGGACAAUCUCGACUGGACCAGAGGAGGCGCUGCUGCUCCUAAGAAGAAGGACGAGAAGGAGUUUGACUGGAAGAGAGGCCAGGCUUUGGAGCCCCGCAAGAAGGAGGCUCCUAAGAAGAAGGAGGAGGCCGCUGCUGGCCCUCAGAAGUCCUUGUACGAUGUCUUGUCUGUGGACGACGACGAGGACGAGGAGGAGACGGGGCUCGAGCAGAAGGUGGCCGACGUGAAGUUGGACCCAUCGCCGCUAGAUAAUCUCCUCAAGAUGUACGGCCUAGAACCGAUAGCAAAGCUGCUCGAGCGUACAAAGCCAGACGGCUCCAAGGGCGUCAAACUACGCAAGUCUUACAAAAAUCACAUCCAGGACUUGCCGGGAAAGCAUCAAAUACCUCCGGCAAAAGCCGUUCCAGCUGCGCUCUUGGACCCCAACUUGAGCCAGCAGCCUGACCUAAUCCACGAGAUUGACGCUGAUUUGUUGAAUCACGCCUUGAAGUUCGAAAAGACGCCGGUGAAUGGCAUUCCCGGUUUCAACCCGGCCGAGUUGGCUAUCAGCGACCAGCUGACCCUAAUGAGAGGAGAUGAUAUGAGCGAGAACGACGAGAAUAAGAAAAAGAGAAAGAAGAAGCAGGCGUCUGUGGACGCCAAGAGGCAGCAUAUAUAA